GAUCCAUGUUAUAUGGGUUUGGUGGACAGCCGCUACAACGCAGGUCGCCCCCGGCCUCAGGAUGUGCGGGAGCGCGUCUACACCCUUAAGACAUGGUGGGGUAGGUGCUUGUUCUGGGACACCGCCCACGGCAAAUGGUCAGGAGAAGGAUGCCACACUACGGCCAGUUCCACACUUAACUCUACAGUCUGUCUAUGUAACCACAUGACAAUGUUUGGCAGCCUUCUGGACCUAGCCCCCAAUGACCUUCACUUCAAAAACAUAGAGGACUUCUUUGAGCUGUACAAGAGUGCUGUGAUGUUUGCUUGGAUCGCUGCUCUCCUAGUUGUAUAUGUAAUAGCAGUCCUGUUCUGUCGAAGAAUCGAUCUCCACAACGCCAGGAAAGGAGGCGUGGUCUAUCUCCAAGACAACGCCGUCACAGACCACCAGAAAUAUGAAAUCACCUUGGAGACUGGAUUUAGGAAAGGAGCCGGGACAACAGCUAAGAUCAGUGUAAUCCUUCAUGGCGAAGAUGGCAUGUCAGAAACAAGGGAGUUAAUCAGUGGUGACGACCGACCGUUGUUCGAAAGAAAUUCAAGGGACACAUUUAUCAUGACGCUGCCUGAUAACAUUGGGAGGAUCUGGAAGGUUCAGCUGUGGCACAACAACUCUGGGGCGUCCCCCAGCUGGUACCUCAGUAGGGUGGUCAUCCGUGACCUCAGCUGUGGGAACACGUAUUACUUUAUCUGUGAGAAGUGGCUGGCUGUGGAGGAAGACGAGGGCAAAGUGGAGGGAGAGUUCAUGUCCUUGGAAGGAAAUCUUGGGUUUAAGAAGGUGUUUUGGGCCAAAGGUACGCAGUACGCCACGGACCUUCACCUGUGGGCAUCAGUGGUGACCUGUCCCUCGUACAGCCGAUUUACGCGGGUUCAGCGUCUGACCUGCUGUUUUUCACUGCUCAUGUCCUACAUGUGCCUCAACGCAAUGUGGUACAGAGGUCGUAUUGAGCAGUACCGUGGUGAGUUUGGCUUGUUGGACUUGUCCUGGCGCUCCGUUGUUGUUGGAGCCAUCAUUACUGCCAUUGUUCUGCCGAUCAAUCUCUUCCUGGUUUUCCUCUUUAGACGCAGCAAGGUAGACAACCGGCACCAGUCUAAGGAGGAUGUAUACCGCACAGGUAAAUGUGAACACCUGGACGAGUCCGCAGAGGAGGCGGUCCAGCCGGUCAUGACAUACUCCAUUCUCGACCAAUCACUGCUCAACUGGCAGAGCAUCCAGGAGUGGGCUCAGAAGCAGUGGGUGAAGAGACAGCAGUCAGAGGUGUCCAGCUCCGAGAGCGUCAAGUCCAGUCCUCAGAUACAGCACACGAAGAAAAGUGAGACGUUGGAGCAGGCAUCCAGCGGGUUUGAAGAUUGUGCCAGUCAGGACCGCAUACAACCCACCCCAGAGAGGAAGAAAUGUAACAUGUCCGAUGUUAGCUCCAACAAAGGCUCUCAAACAAGUACUGGAAGUCACCGACGUCCGUUCCUGCUCCCUUCCUGCUGUCGUUACCUGGCUUGGACACUGGCUGUACUUAUCAUUGUAGGCUGUUCUGUGGUCACUAUGAUGUAUGGAUUCAGAUUUGGGAAGACAAAGAGCACGAGGUGGUUACAGUCGUUCUACUUCAGCUUUAUGGUCUGUGUGUUCAUCAGCCAUCCAUUCCUGAUCCUGAUUGUGACUGUGUACAUGUCUAUAAAGUACCGCAAUGACCCGUCCAUCUUUGACCAUCCUGUCAAGCGUUACAACGAACGGCAGAAGUCAGAGAGUGUGGACUCCAAGGAGUGUGUCUACUGCGAGGAGUGUGAUGAGCUGGAGCGGGGCGUGGUGGCUCGCCAGAGAUCGCGGUACCUGAGGUUUGCCCGACCCCCACAGGAGAAACACCUCAUAGAAGCCAGGAAGAAGAUCAUGAAAGAGAAGAAAGCCUAUGCUGUCCUACAAGACUACUGGCAAUUCCUUGUCUUCUUCAUCGUCCUGGCAACCAUGGCUUAUGGCAAGGACCUCUCCUCUCCAUUCUACAUCAACGAGUCACUCAAAAACUCCCUUGUCAGGAGUGGAAGUCCACAGUUUGCAACUAUCAAAACAGUGACAGACUGGUGGAGCUGGUCACAGUCAGGUCUUCUAGACGGACUUUUCUCUCAUGUGGCUUACGACAGAGAAGCAAUAACUCCUCACCAGACGACCAACCUGUACGUUAUAGGGCAGGUCCAUGUCAGACAGCUGCGUGUGAAUGCGCCUGUCACCUGUGAGUCUGUGACCCACAACACCUUGCUAAAUACCUGUCAUGACCAGUACACCAUGGACAGUCGGGACGAGGCGCCAUACGGCCCUAACGACUCCUGGCGCCAUAGCUUCUACGAGCAGUACUACAACGUGAGGGGGUCGCACGGUAUCUACGAUAGCUCAGGAUAUGUGGUGAAGCUGCACAGGAACAGAACGGCAGCAUAUCGGCAGCUAGAAGAGCUACGGGCCAAUGACUGGCUGGACAUAAGGACCAGGGCGGUUGUUGUUGAGUUUACCAUCUUCUAUGCCCCUACCAGUCUCUUCACGUCAGUGACUCUGUUACUGGAGACACCGUCAACGGGCGGAGCUUUCCCACGGCCAUCGAUAUUUUCCACAUACCUGUACAAAUACAUCUCUGUCUGGGACAAUAUGGUGCUGGCCGCAGAGCUGUUCUUCAUUGCAAUGGUGCUGUACUCGGUGAGCACAGUGAUGGCAGAGAUGAUAACACUACAGCACAAGUACUUCACCAACCCAUGGAGUGCUGUGGAUGUUGUCUUCUCUCUAAUGGCACUAGCCUACAUCGGCUGUUACAUCUACCGUGUUGUACUGGUCAGCGAGACCAAGGAGCACUUGUUGUCGUCGUACUACGAGGAGUUUGUGGACAUCUCCACGCUGGCACAGUGGGAUGAGAUCCUGAAGGCCAUGGUUGGAUUCCUCUUGGCCGUGGUCACAGUCAAGUUCCUCUAUCUUCUCAGAUACAAGAGAACCUUCUCCAACCUGGGCAACUUCUACAAGCGAGCUUACAGGGAGCUUUUUGUCUUCUCAGCAAUGUUCUUGGUGUUCCUAUUGGCCUAUACAAGUCUGGGCUAUGCUGCCUUUGGGGUUUUCAGUCCAAGCUUCAGGGACUUUUGGGUUGGCAUGGAAACAAUGGCUGGGCUGCUGAUUGGCUGCUACAACAUACCAGAAUUUGAAAGGCACAAUAUGAUUGGUGCUAGACUUUUCAUUGUCAGCUAUCUCCUGGUGGUGACUGGAAUCCUCACAUGUUACAUUGUGGCUGUCCUGUCCUACCAGUACAAGAUCUUCAGACAAGGGGAGAUGAUCGCUAUGGGCUGUAGCGACACCCUGAAGUUCUUCUGGGAACGCUUCCUGCUGUGGGCAGGCAUCAAGAGGCCCCCACCAGAGGAUGAGCCUGAGAGUGAUUUACCCCCGGAGUUUACCAUGGCUGAGAUAGAAUACCAGGUGGAUGAGCUGCUGUUUCGUAUGAAUGCCAUCUCUGGCUCCUCAAACCUGCCCGAGAAACCGCCGUGCUACUUCAUUGACUCGGACGUCACUUACGGUGUCGGGGAUGAUGGCAUAUCCAGCGGAGAAAGCUCGGAGACACGUCCAUUUGAUGAGGAGAGGUUUGAACAGAGGAUCCAGAAGAUUGAGGAGAACCUGUACUCACAGGAACCUUACCUGGCUCAGCUUAUCAAGCUGGACAGUAUCGGUGCGGACGUCCUCUCACACGAGCGUGAGAAACAGCUCAGGUCUCACUUGGAGCUGGAGAUUUUCCGUCGUCUGCAGAUGCAGCGUGAGCAGAGGCUACGAUCGUCUGACCGUUCAUCGAGUAGUGGGGGUAGCCUGUCCCUGCCAGUGGGGACAAGCAGUCGCCAGGCCUCUCCCUCAGGUGGAAUCUUAGGAAGGAAGGCCACAGCACUUUACACAAAACACCUCAGGCCAAUUGCCCGAUCUGAGAGUUCCCUGGUAAAGCCUCUGGAUGACCUUGGACUGGGAACUUCUGACCAUCCCAACCUACAGACCAUCCUGGCUCCCAAUGAGGACACCACCGACGUGAGCCGUGACACCACCCACGGAGAAGGGGGCUUUCCGGAGCACCUGAUCCGCGAAGCCCUCAGCCGUGACUUUGGCGUGGAGUUUGAGCUACCACGAGCCAGACACAAACAGGUGGAGAAGACCAAAAGUGACAGUACAAGCGGCCAUUCGUCUUCUGCCAGUGACGAUUGGCGCCAGCACAGAGCUGAGACAACCACCACAAGCAGUGAGGACAACACUCAUGUAACAGGAGCGGGUGCACGGGCUAAAAUCAAACACGGAGGUCAACCCAAGGUCAAACCCGAAAUAGCCACAUCCAGUAGUGCAAAGGUGUUCAGUCACAGCAGCUUGCGGGAUUUGCCUCCCAUUGAAGUGACAAAGACGUCUAUCAUUGGCAGUCCAGGGGUCCUGAAGCGAAAACCUCCCCCUGGGUCCUUCUCGCUGAUGAACCCCAACUUCCCGAAACAAGGCCCAUCAGGAAUCCACAUAGAAUCUAGCUCGGGGUCUGAGCAGGAUGCCUACAGAGGGAAGCGACCCUCGUCUAAAGCUCGUACUUUGAGGAAAACCAAGUCCCGUGGUAAAGGGAAGGGAGGAAAAAGGUUGCCUACUCUAGACUCACUGGAGGACGAUUUGUCAUUUGAACAUGACGGUUAUAACACUGACACUAUGUAUGGCACAAGUAGUACGAGUGAAUCAUCCAAGGACAAAUCCAGUAGUAGCUCAGAAAACAAACAAGCCUGGUUGUAGUGUCUCAC